UUAGGCUGAUGUUCGGCGGCUAUUAACACAGGUGCGCCUGGAUAUUUUUGCGUAAUUUGCGGACGGCAUGAGAUGCGUGUUUACUAUGUGAAUGCAUGUUGUUUGGCGUAACAGGCAGAAAUGCGCGUCUGCGGCUCUGCGGCUCACACUGAAAACCGUGCAACUGGGGCAUGCAUUCACUUUAACAGAGGACCAACAAGCUGGUGUAGUCUGUUAGCAGAUCCACGGGGAUAAAAAACAAAACGACGUCUCGGUUGAUGUUUUUUUGCGAUAACACUGGAUCACUGGAGCUGCAGGAGGUCGGUUUGAAGGAAUAUUUCAGUUUUAAGGAUAAGGAAAAACGUACAAAACACAAAUGUGAAAAGGCAAGUGCGUUUCGAGAUUUGCACCUCGUUUUUUUUUUUCUUUUGCAAUCGGAUUUUCAGCCGCGAUCCUGGGAAAUGCAGCCUCUACCUGACAGAUGUGUGGCACCACAACUGCAGCCUACAGAGCAUCUCCUGUCUACCUGCUGCUGAUCUGCUGUGGUUGGCUGUGGAGGACUGAGACAGCUGCAAAUCUCCAUUGACGUCUGCCACUUCAAACACAACAAGACACAGGAGGACAGAGGCUGCUUCUGGCUGAUCAAAGAGCCAGCAGACACAAAGCACCUGUAGACCAUGACUCCAGCAGAGCUGCUGGUGUGAAAAAAAGCAGCAUGAGAUAAUCAAGGAGAAGCCUCCCAUACUAAUUGUUGAUUCAAGCAUUUUUCUGUUUUGGCGAUGAUGAAACUGUUCCAGUGUGUCAGCUGACUGACAAGGGUUGCAGUGCUGUUCUAGCCCCGGGACAAAGCCAGCAGCUGAAGCGCAGACAACACAAAGGAGAUGGCCCGUCCAGGAUCAGGGUUGCUGGUGCCCAUCAACGGGCUGGGGUACCCACCUCAGAACCUGGCCAGGGUGGUGGUCUGGGAGUGGCUGAAUGAACAUGGGCGCUGGAGGCCCUACACUGCAGCGGUGUGCCACCACAUUGAGAAUGUACUGAAGGGGGAUGCCCGGGGAACUGUAGUUCUGGGCCAGGUGGACGGCCAGCUCUCUCCUUACAUCAUCGACCUGCAGUCCAUGCACCAGUUCCGACAGGACACAGGCACCAUGAGACCAGUGCAGAGGAACUUCUACGAGCCUUCGUCUGCCCCAGGGAAAGGUGUGGUGUGGGAGUGGGAGAACGACAGCGGCUCGUGGACGCCGUAUGACAUGGAGAUCUGUGUGACCAUCCAGAACGCCUACGAGAAGCAGCACCCCUGGCUUGACCUGACCUCUCUAGGCUUUUGCUACCUCAUCGACUUCAACAGCAUGUGUCAGACCAACAGGCAGAGCCAGCGCAAGCGGCGCCUGCGGAGACGCAUGGACCUGGCAUACCCACUCAUCAUGGGUUCCAUCCCCAAGUCACAGUCGUGGCCUGUGGGAGCCAGCUCCGGCCAGCCUUGCUCCUGCCAGCAGUGCAUCCUGGUCAACAGCACGCGGGCCGCCUCCAAUGCUAUUCUGGCGUCCCAGCGGCGUAAGCUCUACGGUGGGACAGCAGGAAACCCAGGCGCUACAGGAACUCUCGCUGUAGUGCGGCAGAGCAACACCUUUGCUGGAACCUCCCUCUGGUCUCCCACAACCGCCUCCUCCGGCCCCAACAACAUUAACAUAAGUAUGGGAGGUGGGCAAGCCAAAGCUGAACAGGUGCAGUUGCCACUGUCCACUGCCAACUUCCCCUGUUCCCCCUUGAUCCCAUCUCUUUCAUCUACAAAUGGCCACCACGCUCUCACCAUCAACGGACAGAACAACCUAAACAGGCCGGGCACCCAGCGCAUUUCCAUGGGCACUGCCAGAGGAGCCAUCCCACCAGGGGUUCCUGCCCUCCCAGUAAAGAACCUGACUGGAUCUGGACCAGUGCACCCAGCCCUAGCAGGCAUGACAGGUAUCCUGAUGUGCGCUGCAGGUCUGCCGGUUUGCCUGACUCGGGCCCCCAAGCCCAUACUGCACCCACCACCCAUCAACAAGAGCGACAUGAAGCCUGUGCCGGGGAUCAACGGCAUGCGCCGCAAAACCAAGAAGAAGCACCUGAGGAGAGGCAAAAACCCAGAGGACGUUGUGCGACGAUACACAGAGAAGAUUAAAGUGGCACCAGAUGAGGACUGUACCAUCUGCAUGGAGAGGCUGGUCAUGUCAUCCGGCUAUGAAGGUGUCCUGCAGCACAAAGGCAUAAAGCCAGAGCUGGUGGGCAAACUUGGCAAGUGUGGGCACAUGUACCAUCUGCUGUGCCUGGUGGCCAUGUACAACAAUGGCAAUAAGGAUGGCAGUCUUCAGUGUCCAACAUGCAAAACCAUCUAUGGGGAGAAAACAGGCACCCAGCCUCCUGGGAAGAUGGAGUACCACGUCAUCCCCCACUGCCUGCCCGGCUACCAAGACUCAAAAACCAUCCGCAUUGUCUAUGACAUUCCUGCCGGUAUCCAGACCAAUGAGCACCCCAACCCCGGGAAGAAGUUCAGUGCCAGAGGGUUCCCUCGACACUGCUACCUCCCUGACAACGAGAAAGGCAGGAAGGUCCUGAAGCUGCUGAUCAUGGCCUGGGACCGACGCCUCAUCUUCACCAUCGGCACGUCCAGCACCACAGGCGAGUCGGACACGGUAGUAUGGAACGAGAUCCACCACAAGACAGAAUUCGGCUCCAACCUGACCGGCCAUGGCUACCCCGACCCUAACUACCUGGACAAUGUCCUGACUGAGUUGUCGGCCCAGGGGGUCCGCGAGGACAACCUGAAGGACUGAUGGCCGGCUGAGCUGGCACACAGUAACACAACCCACCAUGCCCCGCCGUCUCCCAGAGUACAGGACACUGCAUGACGGGCAAACAAGCAGCCGAUAUCUCUUUACUCCCCACGAACAAAUCACCCUGCAGAAGUGGUGGCACAAGAGCAACGGAAGCAAAAUAAAUGAAGUGGUUAUGGUCAAUAUUUUGAUUUGUAUAACCUAAGAUCCUCACCCCACCCCCCUGUGAGCUUGUUGUGUUCACGCCAAAUUUUCUCAAAGGGUUGAAAAGUGUAAAGGUAAGAUUUCUGUCCUUGUAAAUGGUAUUUCUCCCCCUUUUUGAGAUUCAAGCUGAAGCUGUUCCUCUGCACUUGAUGAGGGGCCAAAACUAUACAAAGGCAUAUUUGUAAAUCCUAAACUCCCGAAUGCAUGGCUCAGACUAAUGCUGCAUAAUGAAGGUCGGUGCAAUUCCCUGCAAUCAGGUGAGGUGUUGAUAUCAGUUGUUGCUUCAUAUUGGGUAGAGAAAUUGAAGAGAAUUUUAGCAUUUUGAAUGAAUCCAGAUGAAUUGAUUAUCUGCGUCCCCUUUUUCUCUAAUAUUAAAUAUUGUUCUGUAACAAGUGGUGAAACUUGGUUUUGUGAUUUAAAGGAUUGUUUUGGUGAUGUGACUGUAAAGUUGCUCCGAGAUUUUAAACUUCUGAUACCUUGGGUCACUUGUUUUCUAAAACGGAAGUGUGUUCUGCAGUGCAUGAAGUAGAUUCCAGGAAGAUAAAAAGCUAUGAGACUUUAAUAUUUGGUGAUAAACGUAAGUUGUAUGGUUAACCUUGUGGACUGUCUAUGAGAGGACACGUGACAUAGAUGAAACAAGCAUCUUACCAGUCAGUCUGAUGCUUGUUACAAGGUGUUGGAACUUGACAGGCUGAGGUUGUGAAGCGGGAUUUGCUAUGCUCCAAGGUUAAACUCAUUUGUUUUGUUGACACACUGGUUACGAUGACCUUUGUGAAGAUAAAGCCGGCAUUAUUUGUCUCCCUGUUGGAGGCAAACCCAGGCAUCGGCACGAUCCAUCAUGCUGACCAUACAUGAGGGCUGAGUGUGUGAUUUAGUACUCUGAGGCAAUAAUAUGCCGUCGUGAGGUCCUUGAGGAGAAUAGCUGAAUGCACUUGGACACAAAUGGAUAUUCUUCUUUCAAACACCAACAGUUCUCCCUUGAAGAUCCAUCUUGGGCUCCUGCUAGCCUGCGAAGUCUCUUGUGAGCUUCUGGGCAGAGCACAGGGCUCCACUGCU